AAAAAAAAAAGUAAAGGGACCCUGCUGCAGCCGUGAGACCCGUCAGUCCUCCCUCGCUCUCAUCCGUCUCUCUCACCCACACUCGCCCCCGCGCCGUUCCGUCACCGCCGUCGUCCGCAUGUGUUGUUGCCGUCAGUGAGUCUCUCUCUCUCUCUCUCUCUCUCAGACUUUCCUCUGCACAGCACCGCCAACCACCACCACGAACGUCGCCACUACGUUCUGACGACCGCUGUCGCCGUCGGUUGGUUGUGGAUUGGAGUUUUAGAGGCUUUCGAGGUGCUGUCCGACGAGAUUAAGGUUCGACAUUCUUUUUGGUUAAUAGGGUAUAUGCUGCUGGAAUUUGGGUUUGUAACCCUUAUUUCUGGUUAUGUUUAGGUUGGAAACUUAUCUGAAGUUUUGGAGGUAGGUUUGGGUCAAACUACAUUUGGCUGCAUGUAAUUGCCUCAAAGCACACUUAGCAAUUUGCGGAGAAAGGAAGACAGAAAGCGGAAGCCAUGUCCGUUCUGAUUGUAACCAGUCUGGGGGACAUUGUAAUCGACCUGCACACUGACAUGUGCCCCUUGACCUCCAAGAAUUUCUUGAAGCUCUGCAAAAUUAAGUACUACAAUGGGUGUCUGUUUCAUACAAUACAGAAGGACUUUACUGCUCAGACUGGUGACCCCACUGGCACUGGGACUGGUGGCGACUCAAUCUAUAAAUUUCUAUAUGGGGACCAGGCUCGAUUUUUCAGUGAUGAGAUUCGUCUCGAUUUGAAGCAUUCUAAGACUGGCACAGUUGCUAUGGCCAGUGCUGGAGAAAAUCUUAAUGCUUCUCAGUUUUAUUUUACUUUGCGUGAUGAUCUCGAGUACCUUGAUGGCAAGCACACUGUUUUUGGAGAGGUUGCUGAAGGACUUGACACCUUGAUUAGGAUUAAUGAAGCCUAUGCAGAUGAGAAGGGCAGACCAUACAAAAACAUCCGAAUCAAGCAUACUUAUAUACUGGAUGAUCCAUUUGAUGAUCCACCGCAGUUAGCUGAGCUGAUUCCAGGUUCUUCUCCUGAAGGGAAACCAAAAGAUGAGGUUGUUGAUGAGGUGCGAUUGGAAGAUGAUUGGGUGCCACUGGAUGAACAAUUAGGUCCAGAAGAACUUGAAGAGGUUUUUCGUGCAAAGGAAGCUCACUCCAGAGCUGUUGUGCUUGAAACUAUUGGAGAUAUUCCUGAUGCUGAGAUAAAGCCUCCUGAUAAUGUGCUAUUUGUUUGUAAAUUGAAUCCAGUUACAGAAGAUGAGGACUUGCAUACUAUCUUCUCCCGUUUUGGCACUGUAUUAUCGGCUGAAGUUAUCCGUGAUUAUAAGACUGGAGAUAGUUUAUGCUAUGCCUUCAUAGAGUUCGAGACAAAAGAGGCAUGUGAACAAGCAUAUUUUAAGAUGGACAAUGCUCUGAUUGAUGAUAGAAGGAUACAUGUGGAUUUCAGUCAAAGUGUUGCAAAACUCUGGUCCCAAUACCGGCGCAAAGAUUACUCGGCAGAUAAAGGUAGAGGUUGCUUUAAAUGUGGUGCUUCCGACCAUAUGGCUAAGGAUUGCACUGGUGGAUCUACAAGGUUCAUCUUGAAGGAUGAUAAUGUACAACAUGGUGGAGAUGAAUCAAGGUAUGACUUUGUUUUUGAUGAGGAAAAUGGAAUUAACCAUAGGAAAGAAAAGAGAUAUCGAGAUCAUGAUAGAGAUAAGCAUUUUGAGAGGCCAAACGCUAGGAAGCAAAGCUCCACUGGGCAUGAGCGAUACACAGAAAAGAAGAGUUCAAGUGAUAGGCAUGAAACAAAUGAUCGAAAUAGAUUCAGGGAAAGAGAGAUGCAUCGAGAAUAUAAAGACGGGCAAUCUAGUGGACACAGAGGAGACAAGGAUGACUUUGAUGAACGAAGGGACCAUGAACAAAGGAAGAGACAGAGUGACCGGGAUGAUCAUAGGGAGUUGAAUUAUAAAAAAAGAUCUUCAAAUGAUAAUGACGCUUAUGACAAGAAGGAUUAUGAAGCUAAUAGAAACAGAAGUGGAAGAGAAUAUAGUGACAAGUCAGAGAGGAGGAAGGAUGAUGAGUUUUAUGGCAGAAGGCAUGCAGAUAAGAGUAGCCAUGAAGAGAAAAGGUACAUGGGAAAUGGCAGAAGAAAAAUUACAGAUGAUAGUCGGGAAUAUAGGAAGGAUGAAAGAGUUUGUGGAAAAAGAAAUUUCGACAGUGACAAAGCAGAGAUGAAAGACGAGCUACAUUAUAAGAAAAAAUAUACAGAUGGUUACAAGGACAGGAGAGACGAGCGAGAACCCAGAAAACGAAGCAAGGACGAUUACAAGGAAAGAUAAAGAAUGAGUUUGUUAAAUUGAAAGAACUGCAGAUGACAGUUAAACUCUCUCCAGUAGAUAGAAUGUCACAAGGGCCGAAGCACUUCAUGGUUGUCUUCUAUGGUAAAAUGCCUCUUGAAAAUUCAAAAAGAAACAAAAGAAAAAAGGGCUGUGGACACAAUUUACUGCGUUUCAACCCUUGUAAGUAGGCUCCUUUUUCCAAAGCCUUAUUCUGUAAUGAUAUCACCACUUGUAACUUAACGUAAGUUCGCAUCUUCCCCUUUUUCAAUUCAUUCUUCAGUAAUGAUAUAUGACGGUUCCUUUUUGUAUGAUCUUGUAGAUUCAUUGGAAGUUUGAACCAAACAAUGCAAUGAUCAAAGACAAAUUUGAUAUA